AUGGUCAUCGACUCGGCAUCAGAGGCUGUAGAUGGUGAGCUCAUUGAAGAGAACCUGAUGCCCGCUAAGGACCAGAAGCAAGGGGAGAGGGUCUAUGAGACAUCAGCAAAGUCCAUGCCGAUCGACCGCCGUGUAUGGCCUAUUGCGCUGUCAACCGGCCUUAUGGGAGUUUCUAUAGGACUAGUCCAGCCGGUCCUCCCACUACUAGCGACCUCCCUUAACAUCUCUACCGCUCAGUUUGGUCAAGUCAUUGCUGUGGUCGGGCUAUCACGGAUUUUCUGUAAAUUGGAAAGCACUAUCCCUACCUCUAUCCUUGCUGAUGUAUCCGGUCGACGGCCUCUCCUCGUCUACGGCGCUGCGGCAUCGGCCUUGAGUAUGGCCGGCUUGGGAGCGGCAUCUAGCUUCAAUCAACUAUUGUUUUGGCGUCUACUAGGUGGUGCUGCAUCAGCUGGUCAGAUGACCGGAGCCCACCUCUAUCUAGCUGAUAUCUCCCAACCAGAGAAUAGAUCCCGUACAAUGGCCCCUGUGGUAGCAGCAUGGGGUGUCGGCUUUGCGGCUGGGCCGGCCCUUGGGGGCCUACUGGCUGAGGCCUUUGGCACACAGAUGCCCUUCUAUGGUACAGCAGCGGUGAUUGCCGCGGUAGCCGCUGUGAAUCACAGGAUGCUCCCUGAGACCCAUAAAAGAUCAUUGGAGUCCAACCGUAAAGACCGAAUACCACUACGAGUUACUCUUGGGAACUACCGCAAGCUCCUUGAGCACCCUACUAUACGUCAAGCCAGUUUAAUAACGGGCACGUUUUGGUUUAUGCAGACUGGUUGUCAACUGUGCCUGCUACCCCUACUGCUGAUCCAGGAGUUCUCUUUCAGUGCGGGGGGCGUCGGAGUCGUCUAUGCUACCCUGGCCGCCACCGGAGCUCUCCUGAGUCAGCCCGCUGCGCAUAUAUCCGAUAGAGUCUCUCGACGCUCUUGCAUCGUCCCUGGCUCACUACUCGUCGCAGCGUCAGUAGCAACACUACCGAUUGCAGCAGCUGCAGGGUCGACUCCGUUGCUCUACUGCUCACUAAGCGGUUGGGCGGUGGGCUCAGCGCUGGUCGGUACAGCCCCAACGGCGCUCGUGGCCGACUCGGUGAACGAGAAGGAGCGGGCGAGCGCGCUGGCGCUUCUACGCACUGCACAGGAUUUUGGUGGGCUCGUGGGCCCUCUGGCACUAGCCUGGGCGGCUGAUAUGUUUGGUAUGGGAGUACCGCUUUGGUCGGCUGCCGCGGCCGUUUCGGUCGUAGCUUUGCGUUUCUGGACGAAAGUAAAACGCUGA